AUGGGCGGCUGCUUCGGCUGCUCCGCUCGCUGCUACAGACCUGGAGAUGAAGUGUUCUUUGGCAGAUCUGGAACAUACAACCUGCCAGCCUUUGGUGAUCGUGGAUUGGUAAAGAAAACAACAUGCCGCGGAGUUGUGGUCGAUUUUGGUGAGAAAGGUCUUCUUCUUUUGAACUUCGCAGAUAUUUUGCCUCAGCAGCCUCUUCCGGAUGACUGCAGCGUGGGCACAAAGCUUCACUAUGGAGGUCCUAAAAGAGAGUAUGAAAAUGGCGAUGUUCUGAACUUUGGUGAUGUUGGAGAGAUUUCUGGCACUUGUGGCUCUUCGAAGACUGAGGCAGAUCGUUUAAUCAUCAAGUUUGUUGGCCAUCAGAAUGCCAAGCGGAUUCGCCGUGCUUUGCUUUUUUCCGAGCUCUCUAUACCUGGUGGAUACAGACUGGGUGAACGGGUAUACUGGUGCGGCAGUGCUUGGGCCUUAGCAGAUGGUGAUCGCCUUCAAUUUGGACAAGAAGGGGAAAUUGCUGGGUGCACAGAUGUUUGCGAUGGAAUGGACAAGGAGCGUGUUGCUGUACUGUUCAAAGGCAACAAACAGCCCGUGGCCAUGCACCUGGUGGAAAUUUCAAGAGUCGCUCCUUCCAUUCCUGGUGGUUUACAGGUUGGUGACAAGGUAUACUAUGCUUGGCCGAACUGGACAGCGCCAGAUGGUUCAACUCUGACCUUUGGAACCGAAGGGAAGGUGGCAGGUUGCUCAUGUGCCGGGGAUGGUAGUCAUGACGAACAGCUUUGGGUGAAGUUCGGAGAUGCCUUCGCAUGUAUCGAGCUGAAUCAAAUCACCACCGAACCACCUUCUAUUCCUGGUGGUUUCAAACUGGGAGAGCCACUAUUCUAUUGUGGUCCAAGCAGGAGCUGCAAUGAGGGAGUGUUGAGCUUCGGUGAGAUCGGGGAGGUGACUGGUCGAGCUGCUUUCUGUCAUGGUAUCGCCUUGCUUUUCCCUUCAAACCAGGACUCCUUGGAUGUCAAAGUGACAGAGGUAUGUGGCGAGAAACCUUGGAUUCCUGGCAGCUUUGACCAUGGAGAGCAAGUGUUUUACACCGGGCCGUGUUGUAGCUUUCCUGGCGGUGACCUGUUGGUCUACGGUGCUCUUGGUCAAGUUGUUGGGAGGUCCUGUCUCGGUGAUGAAGGGGAUGACCAGCGAGUUGCAGCCGUAUUCCAAGGAAAUAUGCAUCCUUCUGUUGUCUGCCUGAGCCAAGUCUCCCGUGAGGUGCCGGCUGAUCUCCACGCAUAUUUGAAGCAGCAGCUUGAAAGGGCAGAUGCAAACAUGCACCAACCGUCCCCGCGUAGAGCUGCCUCGAGAGAGCAGAGGUUUGCAUCCUUCCCCUCAUCAUCAUCUACAUCAACAGCGGAUGUUAAGAUCGACUGGAAAGAAGGCCCCUUUCACCUUUUGCAGCAGAACUUUCGAUUUUCAGGCUUGGAAGCAACUCGAGGUACAGUCUUGGAGGACAUGGCGCCAUUCGCUGAGAUAGCCUCAGUCUAUCGGACCGCAAAAGAUGCACGAUUGACGCCCAUCAUCGAGGAUGCCAACAAAGCUGCGCGGUUGCAGGUGAAAUUGGCGCAUGAGAGUGGCGACCUAGCUUUGCUGUCCGAGAUAGCGCGAGAAGCGGAGGAGUGUGGAUGGACGGACCUUUGUGCGAGUGCUGUGUCAGAGCUGGAGCAGGCAUCUUUGCCUGUCUUGCUGGACCAUUGCAGAGAGAAUGAUGUCUUGGCACAUCGUGCGAUAUACCGUCAUGCAACAUCCAGAGGCAUGCUCAACCUUGCUGAGAAAGCACACCUCCGGUUCCAUUCCACUUCAAAUGCCACACCGGAUUCAGAGUUUCAACGAAGCCGAACAGACGAGGAGCUUCAUCAGUGCCAGGAUGCAGGUCUCAAGGAGAAAAUGCAACUACUGUUGGACGAGACCUAUACUGCAUGGGGUGGCUAUGGGCCGGCCACUCGCACGAGGGAUCGGACAGACCAGCCUAUGGCAGAGCGACUUGAAGUUGACAAUGUGGUGGUGCUGUCCAACACGAAGAUGUACUUGAAAUAUUUGAUCCGCCAACAAAUUAUAAAUCUUGAGAUGCCUCAGUCAGCUCAAACUGACUGGAGCGUGCGAACCAGCUCCACUUCACCAAUCUCAAAGCACCAUCAGGACCUGGAAAGAAGGCAUCCAAGAACGUCCAAAGACCUUCGACGAGAUCUCAAUGAAUGCUACUUGUGGCAUGGGACUGGACCGAAGCAGGUGGAGAGCAUUUCCAGAAAGGGCUUUGAUCUUCAGCAGGCUGGCUCUGGACGUGGUUCGUUGUUUGGACGUGGCCUCUACUUUGCAGAAAGCUGCUUGAAGGCUGACGAGUAUGCAAAGAAGAACGACCGGGAGCAACUUGUCACGCAGAAGCAUCCCCACAGGGCAAUGUGGCAGCUUUUUGCAUUGAUCCUUUGCCGAGUUACUCUGGGCAACGUCAACUAUUGUGAUGUGGAGGACCCAACUGCUAUCCGAGAGUCUCUCCGCAGCUCCUGCAGAGCUAGCACGGACUUCUACCAUUCAGUUCUUGGAGAUCGGGAGAAGACCCGGAAAACUUUCCGUGAAUUCGUUAUCUUCGACGAAAAUCAAGCCUUUCCUGAGUACAUUGCACCUUGA